AUGGCGCUCGCGCUCAAAGAAAAAGGCAACACGCACUUUAAAGCCGGAAACUUCGCCAAGUACGCGCGGAGCUUCGGAAUUUUACUCCAAGGCGAGUUUGCCGAAAGUGCAGAUCGCCACGAUCCCGUCUAUCCGUCAAACCUCAGCGCCUCAUUGUAUGAAGAAGGCAACUAUUCUGGCGCUGUUGACGCAAUCCUGCGCGCCUGGAACGUUUUGAAGGACCGACCGGGAACGAAACAAGAGGUCAUCGCCAGGUUGUCGACGCGGCUGGCAAAGGCACUGGCACAUGGAUUCAAGUGCGGUACGAUCGACAACGCCGCUGUCGGGGCGAUCAAAGAGCAAGCUGCUCAUAUCGAAUCUGCCGCUUCUGCUGGAACGAGUACGAGCGACGCUUCGACCAGUGUUGAACACCCUCGUGUCUGGGAAGAGUGGGCGAGCCUAAGCGCACACCUCGACGACUAUGAUGAGAAGGCAGUGGCUGGGGCUCGUGCUCUGUCACGAUUGCCCAUCCUUUCCAAACCAAUUGACCCGACUCAGGAAUUGUACGACUUCGGUCACGACCACGUGUAUGACCUCAUGCAAGGCUGGGGUGCCGAUCGCAUUGGUCCUCCACGUCCUCUCAACAUAGACUACCUAAAGGAAGACCGUUUGGCCUUCUUAUAUGGCGGCGUCGGAGACGGUCGUCACGUCUAUGGUACGCUGAGUGGGCUGCACGCUACAUACCGAAGCAUCUCGAAAGCCCGUCAAGCCAAGUUCCGCGCUCACCUGACGCUGCUGGACAUCCACGAGGUCCCUCUCGCGCGAAAUCUUUCCGUCCUCAUGCUACUCCUGCAGCUGAACGACACGUCCGACAAGACAGAGCGAGCCGAGAUCAAUGCGACACUCAUGUACACCUUCGCUGGCGUCAUCAUGCCCCCCUACUGUCACGACAGGCUGCACGCGGUUUUCCGCGAUUUACGGAGGCGACUUUCUGCCAGCCCUCCCGAUUUGCCCCCAAUAUUCCAGGUGUUGCCCGACUCUAUCCCUCCCGUUUUGCGUACUCUCGACUUCUGGAUCAACACGAAAAGGUCGACGGCCCACCUGCUCUCCAUUCAUGAUCACGUCGGGAACUCGGGACGCGAGCCUACCGACGGCUUCCCGGGAGAAGCCGAAGACUGGCAAGUACGCGUCAAAAGCUGUUUCAAGCGUGAACGAGACGACUUCAGGCGGAACAUACUCGCCUUCCCGGACUCCGAACUCGUCUCGAUGGAAUUUGUGCCUUCGAACGUUCCGAAGUCGCGCGUGCGACAGUGGGUGAAGGCGAACCUCGAGCAGAUCGUCGACGAGCAGCUCAAGCAUCGGAUGGACGAGAUCCACACGCUCGAGUUGAGAUGGUACAGCGUCGCGAAGUCGUUCGUUCCGCCGCUGGAACUCUUCGAUCGCACUCCGGUGCUCGCGGACGCAUGGAAGGAGUUCGACGAGAAGCGUGUGCUCUCUUCGGCUACUAAGAAGAAGGACACGAAGUUCGGCGAUCCGGAACUUUACCCCUUCGGCAACGGAUACCCUGGUCGACAAGAGGAUAUCUUUUCAGCCCCAGAAGUGCUCGAGGAGUUCUGUCAUGAGCAAAAAGCCGCCAACAGGAGGACCACACCCAUGCCCUGCUUCGACGACGGCACGAGGACGUUUCAUAUAUGCAGCGCGUUCUUCAGUGAAACGGCGGCAGCCAUCAAGGCACUUCAAUCGCGACUCACUCUGGAGUUCGUGCAUGGCGGGCUUCCCGAAACGCUCUCGCAGAUGCGCGUCGGCGCCCUUAAGCGACCCGGAUCAUUCCCGAGUCAAUUCACCAGGAUGUGGAUGAGCAACGUGCCGGAUUACACGCAUGGGCCCUUGAACAUGAUUGUCUAUGCGACGCCGAGCCUUCAAAACGACCCUCAAGCCUCGCUGGCUAGCAACUGCCUGUUGAACACAAGCGUUUGGUCGAGCAACGAAGAGUUCUUCCACACCUACACACACUUAUUUCCAGAAGAGAUGCCUCGCUACCUCGGCUGUAGGAUGAUGGAUGCAGAGUUCAUCUUGGAUCAAUGCGUUCUCGGUUACAGGCAGCUCCCGCUCCCUCUCUCCGCCCUCGCCUCACGCGAUAACAUCAACGUUUGGCUCACCCGCGUACUGUUCCACACAUUGAUCCCUGGCCACACCCAAGAGCUGCCGAGGACCCGGAACGUUCGCCUCCCGCACAACAUCGUCGCGUUCUUUGGUCUCCUUGCACAUCUUCAACGAGUCGGGUACCCCGCGCACUGGCUCUCGGACUUCAUUUCACGCGUGCUCAGCGGAUCAAUGACCACCAACAUCGUGCCCUACGACUCCGCCUAUCCCAUCCCCGUCACAGCACGGCACCAACGCGUCAAUCCCCGGAGAGUGCGCACCGACCCAUGGCUCAUCGAGUUCGAGACGAUCAUCGCGAUCGCGCAACACGCUCUCCCCUUCCCGAUCCUUUCCACGCUCCCGCCUCACUUCGCGUGCCCGCGCGACCCCGAGGACAUCGCGCUCUGGGAGGCCCCCGUGCAGGCGACGCCCGCCCUCCGCAAAUUCGUCACCAACGACCCGUUCGCGGACCGCGGCCCGCACUCGCCCUUCCAGCCGUGCGCCCGCCUGCUCGUGUACCGCGCCGACGCCGUCCGGCUCCGCGCGCUCGUCGAGCCCGGCGCGAUGCGCCGCGUGUUCGAGGGCGCCGCGGGCGCGCCCGCGCCCGGCGCGCUCCUCGUGCUCACCGCGCUCGAGCGCGUGCACUUCGCCAAGCGGGUCCGGUUCCGGAUGAGCCGCGGGCGCGUGGCGGGGAUGCGGGGCGCGCCCGGGGAGAAGUGGUGCGCGGUGCUCGUCCGGGGCGAGGAGGGGCUGCAGGUGACGCUUCCGGUCCCUGUUCAGGACUGGGUCGAGUGCGCCGAGUAG